UGGGCCUAAAAGUAUUAUUUUUCUUCUUCGUGUUGGUUUUCAAAUGGAAAUCUUUUUGCAGUGAGUGAAUGAGUGGUCGACUAUGAGUCUCCCAUGGGUGCUCCUGUUCGGGCACAGCCUGAUAAACAGGAUUUUAGAACCAGGUGAGGAUUUCUCUGAGGAGUUCAGGAAUAAGUGUCCCCCAUCUUUGGAUUUGAGUGUAGAUCAGUGUCAUCUCUCUUAUGAAGGGGUGCCAGGCGGUACUUUGAAGAAACUAGAUGAGAGGGAUUUGUGGAAGUCCAUGAACAAUUUCGACGUAGUAGUGGCACAAAUUGCAGGGAAUGAUGUUAAACAUAUCGUGAUGUCAAAUCUGGAGAUACAGGGAAUAUGCAUGAAGACCUUGAAUAUGGUUCAGAGGCUACUUCAAUAUGUAUCGGUGGUGGUCUUAUGCAAAUUGUUCUACAGGAAAGCGUCUUUAUCAAGGUCAUCUAGGAUCAGAUGUACUGACCAUCAGAGAAAUUACAAUGCUAAUGUGGACAAAAUCAAUGCAAACUUAUCAUACGAAUUAAAGAAUGAAACAAAUAUAUACUUGUGGAGGACUAAGGGCCAGAUCUUGAAUGGGUUGUCCAUGCUAGGAGUUGAUGGGACCCAUUUCAAUGAGGACGGUCACUACAAAUAUUGGCGCUCGUUGAGAGGAGCUGUUUUACAUGGCUUAGCAAUGUUAGAUGGCGCAACAGCCGGGAGGGAACCCCCAGCUGUUAAAUCAGGUAGGGGACAACGUGGCUCAAGCAGCCCAGCAGUUACCCCAACAGGGUCAAAUGGCGGGCCAACAAGCAGUGAUGCCAAAUCAAAAUGCAGCGAAUGGGGGCCAAGCACAACCCCAGGUUCCUAUUGCAGGACACCAACAAAAUCCAAACAUGGGCCAACAAUUGGGCCCAGGCCAAGGUCCACUCCAAAAUCCAGUGAUAGGCCAAGGUCAGGCCGGGAAUAUCCAAAUACCAAAUCCCGGUAUGGGUCAGGUUUUGAUGCCAAAUCCAGGCAUGAAUCAGGGUCAACCAGGAAACGGAAUAGGCCAGGGAGUGCUGCCAAACCCAGGCAUCAAUCCGGGGCAACCAGGAAAUCAACAGUUUCAAAACCCCGGAUUGGACCAGGGCUACAAUCAACAACCCGGUAUGAAUCAGGGCUACAACCAGAAUCAAAUGAUAGGCCAAGGCUACAACCACAACCCCGGUAUGGGCCAGGGCAACAACCAAAACCCCGG